UGACCUACAUUCAGGGCUGGCAAAAUCGUUCCUUGAUUCGACCUUGGACUCUAUCGGCCUCUGUUUACUAUAUGCUGGCGGGAUUUCGCUGGAAAAAUCGGGCGGUUGUCUUCAAUUUUUGCUUCACAUCGACUUUCAUCAUUGAAACAAAAAGAGUGCAAGGUAACAAGUUUUUGUGAUCAAGACUAGCCAGCUCUCUGGAUAACCACCACCUGAUUGAAGUUCCAGUGGCAUUCCCAUUCAGCAACAAACCUGGAAAUUGUAGCUGCGUUCUGAGUCUCUAUUUUUGUAUAUCUCCCAGUACCUUCAGCAGUUUCCAUUAUGGCACGCAAGCGUGAGCCGCCGCGGUCUCCCCGUCAGAAGAAGACGCCGUCGGCCAGCGGUCCCAGUGCCGAGCAGGACCACGGCUAUGUGAAGAUGCGCGCGCAGCUCGUCCAGCUGGGCCUUCAGCUGCGGGAGAUACCGGGCGACGGGAACUGCCUGUUCCGCGCUCUGGCCGAUCAGCUGACUGGCUGCGCCGGCGACCACAAGAUACACCGCCGCGAGACGGUCGACUUCAUCGUGCAGCACCGUGACGAGUUCGAGCCCUUCGUCGAAGACGACGUGCCCUUCGACCGACAUGUGGCGUGUCUGGUGGACGAGGGAACGUACGCAGGAAACGACAGCAUCGUGGCCUUCGCUAGGAACCACGGCGUGACCAUUGUUAUACACCAGCUGGAGGCCCCACUCUGGCAGAUCCCUGGCGACCCGGACAACCUGGCCGAGGCGCCCCAGCUGCACAUUGCCUACCACGACGGAGAGCACUACAACAGCGUGCGGCGCAUGGGGGACCUCGGACAGGGACCGGCCAACGUCUACAUCAACCUGGAGGCGCCCACCAAGCCGCCGACCACCUCUGCCGAGGAGCGAGAGGUGAUGGCCCGCUCCCGGUGUGCUGAUCUGGCCGAGGUGCGCCGCGCGCUCAACGACUGCGCCGGAGACGUGGAUGCCGCCGCCGAGUUCCUGCGCGCGCUCAACUGGGGACAGGAGGUCGAUGACGCCCCGGCGGCGCCGUCCUCGCCGCAUCAGCUGACCAAGGCGGCUGCCGUCGCCACCGCCGCCAAACUGCGCAACGACAAAAACGCCGGACAGGUGGCGGGUCGUCUGGAUCGCCGACAGCGGCGGUCGGAGGAGCGAGACCGUCGCCGACGGCGGAAAGCCAGCGCCGAGUCGGGUGAGCUGGGUUCCUCUCCGCCGGCCGCCGUCGGCCACCUGGCAGCCCUCACCAUCUAACGACACGGAGAACGCCUCAGGUCAGCCGCGCAGGGCAGUCGCGCUGACGCCCAGCGGUGUGGUCGGGGUGAAAGGCGGGGGAGGACGGACACUGGCGGGGAUUAGUUGAUGACUGAUGAACACCUGACAGCGAAGGGGUUUGGUGGCCGAGUUGAUCCUUAUCGAGCCCAGAAGACGCUCAUCUGGUGAAAAUCUGUGUAGUUCGCGCAGGUUCUGGUUUCCUGUUUUGUAGAUAUAUCUUGGCUAACAUCGAUUAGGGUACAAAGAAGACAGCCAGUAGUGGGUUUGGAGAUUACACUUGACCCAUUGCUGCUUUGAGGGUUUGGGCGAGGAUCAUUCGGUUCCCAACCUCUGUCUAUCCUCGACUCGUGGCUUGGGUUUGUCUUAAUGGCCAAGAUUGAUAACCGUCACACCCCGACACUAUCUCCCCGGCUCGUCGUGUUCCUGUCUUGCCGUCUCCCAGACUUUGCGUCGUCUGGCGUUUGGCAAAGGAUGCCUCGCGCGGCUGGCCUGCCUACCGUCUACCUGCCGGUCGGCUACCGUUCACGUGCUCUAAGACCGCCAAUGUUAGACCUGCUGCGGGCAGAUUCUAGCUGAUGGGUUGAGCGUACGUUGGUUUCUCUCCUGGCGUGUAGGCAAACAAGUGCGUGCGAGUAUUCAUCGUGCGGCCUCCGUAGUGACUGCUGCUGUCUCGCGUAUACGGAAAAUGGACGUUCGCUCCGUAAACCUGUCAGUCCGUCGUUCUUGUCUGGACGGUGUGAGUGUAGGAGUGUCACUCGGCGGAGUUGUUGGGCGGCGGGCUGCGUCCUGAUGCAAGUGUGCUCGCUGGCGUGUUUUGCGUGGUCGGAUAGUUACGGCGCAGUGUGGCCUGACCGGCGUGCUGUGGUGUAGUGAGAGGACCGGCCUCUUCUCCCGGAUCCACUAACCCGCGAUCCUAAUGUUUCCGUCGACCGACGCGGCGCCUGUCCCUCCCCGUCCACAGGCGAGCGGCUGCGUGGCGCUGGCGGCUCGGUCGGGUGUCCCAGCCAUCUCUCGGGGGAUCUGUCGGUUCCUCCUACACGGCUCUGUCCUGGUUGGUCCCAUUACUGCGUGUUUUCGUAUGUGUCGGCGCGGCGCGGUGGUUCUGAACGAGUUGUGGUCUCUUGAUGAGCGCGAGAGCACGGUAGCAGGUGUCCUGUGUGGUAUUCUUCUAACGAUUGGCACGGCUGUUUCCCUGAGGCGGCUCGCCGACUGAAGUGUGAUUGAUUUGGUGCUGAUUGAUUAUAGUAACGUUUAUUUAACCGAUCCAACAGCCGUGUGAUUUGUUUGCGUUUACUGAGUGCAAGUGGGAGCACACUUAUGAAAAUUUAUUACGUUUGAGUCUGUGUUAAUAUCCUUGGUUAUUUCUCUGGGUGGGAAGACGGAUCGGAGUAUGUCUAUUCGAUAAGACAUAUUAAAAACUGUAAGAUCGCCUGCUGUGGUUACUGAGAGAGAAUGUUUCGGGAGCUAGUAGCGGCUGUGUGACCUACAUUGAGUGAGAACUGAUCAGUCAAGAAAGGGGAGAGGGAUGGGAAAGGUUGCCGAGGUGGUUGGCUGUGCGGACGGUCGUUUGGAACUGGUGCAGUGCUGGGAGGGGGAUCGAAUAACUAGCGGAAACUAUAGAUGUUUAUCUGGCUGGGUCGGGGCGGUUCAGCUGCGGAGAACUCGUUCUUAUGUCAGAAGGUUGUGCGUGCGGCGAGACUCUGUAUGGUCGCGACUCAUGAGUCGAUGGCUCUACUCUGUGCGCCGCGACUCACUGUGACUCUCCGGUGGGCGGGAGGGCAGGGCAGGGCGUGACUCUUCAGGGCUGAGCUGUGCCUGGCCGGGCACAUGUGACAGGAAAGCUCGCUGUGCUUAAAUACUAUAUAUAGUUCACUGGUAACAGGCUUGAUUGGUUGUGCUUAGAAAAUAUAUUUUGCAACACCA